GGCACAUGCGCCCCGGGAGGGCCGUACUGCCGGACGACCGCUCCUGCCGGCCCUCGCGGGCGGCUCGCACACGGCCCCUUGGUUGCCCCGCUCCCCGCCCCGCGCCAUGGACAUGGAGGUGGACGUUGGCUCUGUGGCCUCGGGGCUGUCGGGCGGGGAUGGAACAGGCGCGGGCCCGGCUGAUGAGGACCAGGAGAUGGAAGGAGCUCCCAGCUGCUCGGGGUCGCGCUCCCUCCCCUUCGAGUUCGAGCGGAGCCGCUCAGAGUCCAGCGGCGAUGAGGACGACGACGAAGACGAUGACGAAGAGAUGGAGGAAGAGGAGCUUGAGGGAGACCCUGGGGCUCGGUUCGGGACGGACGAAGGGGAGCUCGACUCGGACGACGACCAGGAGCGUAUGAUAAACCUCUCAGAGUUGACCCCUUACAUCCUGUGUUCCAUCUGCAAAGGCUACUUUAUUGAUGCUACAACUAUUACAGAAUGCCUGCACACCUUUUGUAAAAGCUGCAUAGUAAGACACUUCUAUUAUAGCAACAGAUGUCCAAAAUGCAAUAUAGUUGUACAUCAGACACAGCCCCUUUAUAACAUCAGACUCGAUCGGCAACUACAAGACAUAGUCUAUAAAUUAGUUGUCAAUUUGGAAGAAAGAGAGAAAAAACAAAUGCAUGACUUCUACAAAGAAAGAGGAUUAGAAGUGCCCAAACCAGCUGUCCCACAGCCAGUUCCAGCGAGCAGAGGAAGACCUCGAAAAGUUCUGGGCUCUGUAUUCCGGAUCCCACCAGAACUUGACAUCUCCAUACUUCUAGAGUUCAUUGGAGCUGAUGAAGGCACAGGGAAUUUUAAGCCUUUGGAGAAGAAGUUUGUGCGUGUUUCAGGAGAGGCAACAAUUGGACACGUGGAGAAAUUCCUCAGAAGGAAAAUGGAUCUGGAUCCUACUUGUCAGGUGGACAUAGUAUGUGGUGAUCACCUGCUAGAACACUACCAGACCCUGAGGGAAAUUCGUCAGGCCAUUGGAGAGAGUGCAGUAGAGGAUGGUUUACUUGUACUGCACUACGGCCUGGUACUGCCUCCACUAAGUAUUACUUAAAGAGUGCUAGAACAUCAGAAGGCAAAAGAAUCUGAAGUGAUCGAGCUUCUUCUGCUGUUUCUCACCAAAGAAGGCCGUGGUAUUUCCUGUGACAGGAAGCAGGUGAAAGGAACCACCACUAACUGCUGUGUGCUCGUAACCUAACGUCUGACUUUACCACUGUAAAAAAAAUUACAGCUUCUGUAAGUACAGCUGUAGAUGUUGCUAUGCUUUGUGUUACAAAUUACUGUCUUCAAAUUUCACUCAGCUCAGGGAACUGAAAUGCUCAGAGUAGCUGCAUUUUUUUACUUUGUAAACCUGCAAGACCUCACGGGAUGAACAGCCUUUUUUCCUCUAAGCAAUGAGAUCUUGCUUGCUUUCUAAGUGUCUAGCUAGAACAGUGCUCUCAGGGAUGAUCUUCAGUGGGCAGUAUAAUUUGUUCUGGGGAGGAGUCAGUCAGAAGAUAGAAAUAGGUAGAAAAUGACACAUCAUAAGCGUUGGGGUUGUUUUUUGAGAAGUAGCAUUAAAUUUAGUUGUUUUUCUUGGAGAAAGACAAUUUUAUUUGCACUUGAAAUAAUAUUUGCUGGUAGUUUGUCUUAUGCCAAAUGAUGGAUCAUGCAUCUCUAGUCUUAAUGGAGAUGAGCUGGCUGUAAGCUGGUUAAACUAUGCAUGGGGGGAAAAAAAGUAGCAUCUCCUUUCUCCUUCUACCUGCUUGCUCUAUGUAAAAUAAUCACCGUCAGCCUGAUUCUGCUGUCAUGUUAUAUUUGUCCACUGACUUGACUGGCAGGAACAUAAAUGCUUUCACUUCAGCACAUAUCUAUCUAGCAGCUGUGAAAGUGGUACCCUCUUCCACUCAUUCUAAUGAGUAUUUAGUGUUGUAGUGGAGACCAUGGUUGAGUAAUGUAACAUUUGCCUGUUACUAUCAGAUUCACAGAAAACAUUAAGUAAUUUAAACACAUAAUGUACUAGGUUUUGUGAUGACUGUAGUGCUUCAAGUCUUGUUCUGUUUAAGAUUUCCAUGGUUCCUUGUGUAGCAUUAAGGACCAGAGCUCUCUGUGUUGUGGUCUUUCUGCAUACUGCGUCAUCAGCAUGAGGAUUCUUGUAAGCUACCUUUACACACCAGGCUCCCUUCUCUACCUAAGGCCCUUUUAGGAAAGGGGAGGAGAUCCCUUUGUAAGGCAUUUUAGAGUGCCUAAAUAAACUCAAAUGCACUUGAUCACUGUCAGCCUACCAGGAUGGGCAUCUGUUGUCUAAAGAAAGCUUCCAGGAAUCCUUCCUCAGGUCUUUAUGGUAAACAUUCAGUUUUGUCUGUGAAAAUGACACCAUAAGGGAAAAAAAAUGUCUUGGUUGGCGUAAUUGUCAUGAUGCUUUUAAAAAAUGUAACAAAACCAUUUCUAGCUACAAAUUCCUAUUUUACCUUUAAAGUUUGUAUAAAAGUAGUGUUUAAAAAUGCAUCAGAAAAUGAGAUUAUUUUGUAAACUCUUUGUGGGUUGUGUUGAACAGAGAUUCUAUAUUGUAACAGUAAAAUAAACUUUAUUUUAGCCAA